GCGGAGCGGUGAUGGCGGCUCCUGGAGCUCAGGCUGUCGGGUCUGCGUGUGACUCGGGAGCCCGGGAGCGGUUGGCCAGCGGCGGGGCGGCGGCGGCGGCGGCGGCGGUGGGGGACGAGUCCUCGGACAGCGACGCCGAACAGGAGUCCGCGCAGAAGCUGAUCCGCAAAGUGUCCACCUCGGGGCAGAUCCGCAGUAAGACCAUUAUAAAGGAAGGCCUUUUGAUGAAGCAGACAAGUUCAUUUCAACGCUGGAAAAGACGAUACUUCAAGCUCCGUGGCCGCACCUUGUAUUAUGCAAAGAAUGCAAAGUCCAUCAUAUUUGAUGAAGUGGAUUUGACCGAUGCCAGCGUCGCAGAAUCCAGUACGAAAAAUGUCAACAACAGUUUUACAAUAAUCACCCCUUUUCGAAAGUUGAUUCUGUGUGCUGAGAACCGCAAGGAGAUGGAGGAUUGGAUUGCUGCAUUGAAGACAGUCCAGAACAGGGAUCAUUUUGAGUCAACACAGUACAGCAUGGACCAUUUCUCAGGGAUGCACAACUGGUACGCGUGUUCUCAUGCUCGGCCUACAUACUGCAACGUGUGCCGGGAAGCACUGUCCGGGGUCACAUCACACGGGUUGUCCUGUGAAGUGUGUAAAUUCAAAGCUCACAAACGCUGUGCCGUGAGAGCCACCAACAACUGCAAGUGGACAACGCUGGCUUCAAUUGCCAAAGAUAUCAUCGAGGAUGAAGAUGGGAUCUCGAUGCCACACCAGUGGUUGGAAGGGAACCUGCCAGUCAGUGCAAAAUGUACUGUCUGUGACAAAACGUGUGGCAGUGUUCUUCGGCUACAAGACUGGCGUUGCCUCUGGUGCAAGGCUAUGGUACAUACAGGCUGCAAAGACAUGCUUCCUACCAAAUGUCCAUUAGGCCAGUGUAAGGUGUCCGUUAUUCCGCCAACUGCACUUAACAGCAUAGAUUCUGACGGGUUUUGGAAAGCAACUUGUCCGCCAUCUUGUACCAGCCCACUUCUUGUCUUUGUGAACUCGAAAAGUGGUGAUAACCAGGGGGUGAAGUUCCUGAGGAGAUUCAAACAGUUACUAAACCCAGCUCAGGUGUUUGACCUGAUGAAUGGAGGCCCCCACCUCGGUUUACGGUUGUUCCAGAAAUUCGACACGUUUCGAAUCCUGGUGUGUGGGGGUGACGGCAGCGUGGGCUGGGUAUUGUCUGAAAUUGAUAACCUCAACCUUCACAAGCAGUGCCAAAUGGGAGUGCUACCUUUGGGGACAGGGAAUGACCUGGCCCGUGUGCUGGGCUGGGGCUCAGCCUGCGAUGAUGACACCCAACUCCCUCAGAUCCUGGAGAAACUGGAACGAGCGAGUACGAAAAUGCUGGACAGGUGGAGUAUCAUGGUGUAUGAGACCAAGAUCCCUCGUCAUUCAUCAUCUUCAACGGUGACUGAGGAUUUCAGUGAUGAUUCAGAGCAGGUUCAGCAGAUAUCAUUUUAUGAGGAUUCAGUCGCUGCGCAUCUGUCUAAAAUCCUGACAUCAGACCAGCAUUCAGUGGUGAUCUCAUCAGCAAAGGUGCUUUGUGAAACUGUCAAAGAUUUUGUUGCCCGAGUUGGGAAGGCUUACGAAAAGACCACCGAAAACUCAGAAGAAUCUGAAACCAUGGCAAGAAAGUGCUCGGUCCUAAAGGAAAAGCUGGACUCAUUGCUCAAGACUCUCAAUGAUGAAUCCCAGGCAUCGUCGUCCCUAGCAAACCCACCCCCCACCAUCGCUGAAGAGCAGGAGGAUGGGGAGGCACUGAGCAUCGUGUGUGACCCUGCUGAGGAACGACCUGUCUGCUCAUCCAGGCCACAGAUCUUCCGCCCAAGGGAACAGCUCAUGCUAAGAGCGAACAGUUUGAAGAAGGCGAUACGACAGAUCAUAGAACAUGCUGAGAAAGCUGUCGAUGAACAAAAUGCUCAGACGCAGGAUCAGGAAGUUUAUCCGUUCGGCCUCUGCUCAGAUGAAGAGGGGAGAGAAUCCAGGAGCGAUGACAAGAUCUCGCUUCAGUCAUCGUAUAGCACCAACUACUCGGGUUCCAACAUUAAAGGAAGAGUUUACCGAAAAGUGCCCAAGUCUCCGUGUGAGAGGAGGAUCAGUAAAGGAAACUUGUCCAUAGGCAGCUCCGCAUCACUUCCUGCUCAGACCACACAUCGAGACAACUUGUCAAUGUUGAACUCAAAAAUUCUUUAUCCGAGUUUACGAGCUGGUUUGGCUGCAUCGUUGGCUGGAGGAUCUGUUAUCAGCAAAAUGUUGUUCGUCAACGCUGACACUGUGAACUCCGACCUUGACAUUAUAAAUGGGUACACCGAAAAAUGUGUCAUGAACAACUACUUUGGGAUUGGACUAGAUGCGAAAAUCUCUCUCGACUUCAACAACAAACGGGAUGAACAUCCAGAGAAGUGCAGGAGUCGUACAAAAAACAUGAUGUGGUAUGGAGUUCUUGGGACCAAGGAGCUACUGCACAGAACGUACAAAAAUCUGGAGCAGAAAGUUCUGUUAGAGUGUGAUGGACAGCGUAUCCACCUACCCAGUUUGCAAGGGAUUGCAGUGCUCAACAUCCCCAGCUAUGCAGGUGGUACCAACUUCUGGGGAGGCACCAAGGAAGAUGAUAUUUUCACCGCCCCUUCCUUUGACGAUAAGAUCCUGGAGGUUGUUGCCGUGUUUGGCAGUAUGCAAAUGGCUGUAUCUCGAGUUAUCAACUUGCAGCACCAUCGAAUUGCACAGUGUCGUACUGUAAAGAUCACAAUCCUGGGAGAUGAAGGGGUUCCAGUGCAAGUGGAUGGCGAGGCCUGGAUUCAGCCACCUGGUUAUAUCAAAAUUAUUCACAAGAAUCGUGCACAAAUGCUGACCAGAGAUCGGGCUUUUGAGAGCACACUCAAGUCCUGGGAGGACAAGCAGAAAUGUGAACUGCCCCGUCCACCUACCCAGCACGCCUUGCAUCCCGAGAUUGUUUCAGAAGAGGAGGCUGCGGAGAUCAACCAGUUUGGCCGAGCCGCAGGAAUGCUCAUUCACAGAAUUCGGGAGACGGCCCAGCUUCACCACACCAUGGAGCAGGAGCUUGCUCACGCAGUGAAUGCCAGUGCAAAAUCCAUGGAUAGAGUUUAUGCAAAGUCAAAAACAACAGAGGGCCUGAAUUGCAAUCUGGUGAUGGAAAUGGUCAACAAUGUGAAAGCUCUCUACAAUGAGACUGAACUGUUGCUGGCAGGCAAAAUGUCACUGCAAUUGGAUUCCCCUCAGAAGGAGGAGCUCACCGGAGCCCUGGCCAAUGUGGAUACCCAGCUCCGCAAACUGGCAGAGAUCGCCUGGCUCUGUCAGCUCAUUGAACCAAGUGAUGAAGAGUGUCAAUUGAUGGAUUAUUCCAAGCGUAGUCGCACCCCCAAAUUCCGCCUGGUGUCAAAGUUAAAAAAGGACAAAAACAACAAGAACAAGGAGACCAAGGGAAACAUGGGAUUACCAGUGCAUCAGUGGGGUACUGAGGAGGUAGCAGCCUGGUUAGAGCAACUUAGCCUCAACGAAUAUAAGGAUACCUUCAUCCGGCAUGACAUCCGUGGCUCUGAGCUCCUGCACCUGGAAAGACGGGACCUGAAGGACUUGGGGAUAACGAGAGUGGGCCACAUGAAGAGGAUCCUGCACGGAAUCAAGGAGCUGAGCCGGAAUACUCCUGUCAGCGAAGUGUGAACUACAUUUUCAGCUCAUGCGUGUCCAGAGCUACCUAAACCUCCAGCUCAGUGGAC